AUGGAUACGGAUCAGUCAGAGGCAGAGUUCUCAUACUUAGACUUUAACAUUGAUGGUGUUAAGAUUAAAAAAUCAAGUCUUAAAACCAUGUGGCCUAUUUUGUGCCGAGUGUACUAUAAGCCGAUGCCUAAAAUUUACAAACCAUUUACUGUGUCAGUGUUUUAUGGGAACGGAAAACCUAAAGAUAAUAAUAAGUUCUUUGAACCUUUUAUACUCGAGUUAAACGAAAUUCUUAUGAAUGGAGUUCUUAUCAAGUCUGAAGAAUUUACAGUCAUGGUGAGAAGUUUUGGUUGUGACACGCCUGCCAGAUCACAAGUGAAAGCCUAUAAAGUUGAUGGUGUGACAGUUUAUGCGUCACUUGGAAUCAAAAGAACAGAUGAAGAUUUCAGAUUGUUUGUGGACUCAGAUCAUCACAAUGAUGAAUCACCUCUAUUAGCUAUAACACCAAAGAUUAAUCUCGUUAAUCAGUUUGUUUUAGAUUCCAUGCACUUAUUAUAUUUAGGUUGCAUGCUGAGAUUAUUUGAAAACUGUAUGACCGGUGAUUUGAAUGUGAGAAUAAGUGCAAACCAAAAAAAUUCAAGUUUUGAACAUCUUAACCUCUACAUCAUGGUUGCUACGGUUACGACGUCCUCAGCAUUUCCUACUGCUUAA